AUGAGCGAGGCACCAAACAAGGUCUUUACGUGGGGUAGUGUUGAAUUCUUCGUCACUCGGCACGAGGGCGAACACUCCAACUCGAUCAUCGCUAGGCUUACAUUCCACUCGACAAAAGGCACAACGCGAAAUCAGGCCGGAAUCAAGCGCCUGCCGCUACGACUUCUGCCCCCAUGCAAUGCUGCCUACGACUCCUUGUUUUGGAUGGUCAACUUGGGUCUUAUCGAUCAAGUUUUCGUUGGGGUUACUACAUGGGCAGAUAUCAAUAGAAUCCCUGCACACAAGGAUGGGACGCCGCUGCACAUCAAGGCGUCUAUGAGAGACACACCAAUUUUCCGCACUGUCGCCAUUGGGAACCAGUCCCGUGCCGUUUCUCCCAAACUGAUGACCUACCCCAAAAUGAGGGAUAUGCUCGAAAAACUGAGCAAGCAUUGCGAAUUGGGCCACUCCGUCCAAUCAUCCCUGCUUCGGCGGUUGGCGGCCUGCCAGCUCUCUAAGCUGGUGUCGGAGGAGGAGCGAUGCUCCCGGCUUGGCCACAACGAUGCGGACAAUGUAUAUUGGGCACAUUACCGGAACACCACAUCUACCAUUGACUUCCAAGGGAUGCGACAUAGCAUGCCACUAAAGGACGUCAGCGUCAUCAGCAGUGUCUUCUUUGGUAGGGGCGGUGCAUCUCCGCCAACCUCUCUUUCGAAAGAGGGCAUAGCACAGGUCUAUACAAACGUCGAUAUCCGCGACAUGCAGAAUGCAAUGGUCACGCUCAAAGAUGAUCUCGUGGGUUCAUACGGCUCCUUGAAGCAGGCCUUUUUUGCCAAUGACGAUCUCAAGACGAAGUGGGAAAAGCACAGAAUCGCAUACAACUCGAAGGUCAACAACAUGAAGGCGGCUGUUCUCCGCGCCGAGAUAAGGAAAUACUGGCUUGAUUAG